AGCAGACCUGCCCGGAUUUCUUGCACGCAGAUACCCACAGAAAACUCCAUUCCUGCAGAUAAGUAGUAUGUCACAAUGAGACCCUUUAUAAGAAGCACAAGCAACGUUUGAGAGCGAGAGUGAUCUGUGACACUGAAUUACUAAGGGUGGUAGAAAUGGCGUGGACAGUGACUCUCAGUAACCUGGUGUUAGGAGUUUAUGGAUUCACCCUCAUCACAGGUCUUCCUGCCAACCUCCUGGCUUUUUACACCUUCUUCCAAAAGAUUCGCCAGAGGUCCACCCCUAUGGAUAUCUUCCUGCUCAGUUUAACUAUUUCAGACCUGAUCUUCCUCUUCUUUCUGCCGUUUCGCAUGGUCGAAGCAGCAAACAUGAAGUGGACGCUGCCGUACUUUCUCUGUCCGUUGACGGGUUUCGUCUUCUACUCCACCAUCUACAACAGCACCUUUCAUCUGACGGCCAUCAGCGUCGAGCGCUACCUUGGUGUGGCCUUCCCCAUAAAAUACAAGUUAAAACGCCAUCCCAGAAAUGCAGUGAUAGCCGUUGUUUUUUUCUGGAUGUUUUCCUUUGCGCACUGCAGUAUCGUCUACAUCAUGCAGUACCACCAUCAUUCAAACCCGAACAUCACCGACCCAUCCAAGAGGAACACGUGCUACGAGGAAUUCAGCAAGGAACAGCUGAAAAUCCUCCUGCCGGUUCGUCUGGAGCUUUUCAUCGUGCUCUUCUGCGCGCCGUUUCUCAUCUGCAGCUUCUGCUACAUCAAGUUCAUCCACAUCCUCUCCAAUCUACCCAACAUCAAUGCCAAGAAGAGGAUGAGAGCCAUCGGGAUGGCUUUGGGAACGCUGGUGGUCUUCAUUAUCUGUUUCCUGCCUUACAAUGUAUCUCAUGUGGUGGGGUUUGUGGGCGGUUACAGCCCAGAGUGGCGAGUGCAAGCUUUGCUCACCAGCACGUUUAACGCGUGUCUCGACCCGUUCAUAUUCUACUUCUCUUCUUCGGCACUCAGAGGGACGUUUAAGAAAAUUUUGCGAGAGCUGAUGAGGCGACUGUUACCCUGCUGCCAUUCGCCUCUCUACUGCCCCAUACUGAACUGUGUGAAUACAGAUGAGAGAACUCAGAGCUCUACUGACAGCUCUCCAUAACAUCACAAGUCAAAUACAUUUUGGGAUUUUUGCGUAAUGUUUGCAUUAACUGGCCUGAAUGUGAAGAGGAGGGUUAAUACACUGUUAAAUGCUUCAAAGGAUUUCUUUUGGAUGCUGAUGCUGAAUGCAAUUCACGACCACAGCUAAUUUGGAUGAUAUUAAGCCUGUAUUAUUAUUAUUAUAGUGAAUAAAUGGGUCUGCAAAUUCUAUGUUUAAAAUUUUUAUAUAAUAUAACACAAAAUGUCAGCCGUUUUUGUCUUCUUAAAUCACUGUGGUUUUAUAAUUCAGAUCUGAUUUAGCAAGUGGACUAUAGCUAUAUAGGACUAUGACCUUUCUGGUAAAGUGUUUGUCCUGUAUAAAGCAGACAUCAUACGAUGUCCGAUAUAUUGAUACUUGAUUCAAAAGGUACUCAUAUUAGUUCUCUGAGACAAUCCCAGCCAGCAGAUGACUCGGGGCCGGAUCCGUGCCACUUCCGUUCUGGAGUGUUUCUGAAUGUUUGUUAUUAUUUUUUUAAAUGAUACAUUAAUAUUUAUAACUCAGUUUACUUUUCCAAACAUAUUUUCUGUGAAGUGUUUGGUAGUGAUCUGUGGUUAUCAGCAAAGAAGCAGGUGGUUUAAGCUUUAAUUUGUUUGUUUUAUCUGUAAGGCUUUACAAUAAUUUACUGAUUUAUCUAAGGUAUAAACUUCAAGUAUUCAUUAUAGUAUUACAUUUUCUAUUAUUAUUAUUAUUUUGUAAGGCAUUGUUUUUGCUUAUGUUUUUGUCACAUGAUAUUUUUGGUGAAUGUGGUUCGUCGAGUAAAUGGUAAAACACGCAGGCCGUGUACUUCCAAUCUUUUUUCCUCAUAAACUACAGUAUGUCCUUUUCACAUUGAAUGUGAAGUAUUUCUGCCAUGAUUUAAAUAUUUUGCACUAAAUGUUUUAAAUAUUUUUAUGUUUUUUUCCUUUUAUGUGUCUUCAAUAAUUGCAAAUCUAUCAUUUUUACUUGGGAUUUAACAUUUAAAUGUAUAUAUUUUUAAAGAAAUUAACAGUCAUUAUAAUUAAUUGUGUUUGUUUUACAUGUAAAUAUAUACAUUUUAUUUUCAUAUUCAUUAUAACAGCAUUUAUGUACAGUAAACGUUUGAUAUUAAAAUCUCAAUGAUUGCAGUCGUUGUCAUCAGUUCUCUUCAACUUAGAUAAUCUAAAUUGACAUGUUCAAAAGAAAAGUGAUCAAUUAAUGUGUGCUUUAAAAAAAACUCCAAUAUGUUUUCUGAAAUUGUAAUUCUUCACAUAUUUCCAUUCACAUUCCCUAUGUACUGCUCACACAGUAUAAUAAACCAUAAAGUGCACAAAUGUACAA